CCCUUCGGUACAGCCGCUGCGAGGUGACGGCACUCGGCCCUGGGCUGGACCACCGGAGCAAGGGGAGGUCAGGCGGAGGGCUGACGCUCCUGUUCCGCAGACUCCUGCUUUCCAGCAGUUUCCGGGACUGCUGGGGUCAAGGGAAUGUUUUUCUGCCUAGUAACCCCUGAUGAGUUUGCCCGGUGGCUGUUGAAAUCCGAGUAAGCUGUUGGUGUCCGAUGUUCGGACCUGCCUCCCCGCAGUAACUAAAUCCGUCAAGAACCAAAACAUCCGAUUUUCUGUGGGGGUGUGGUAUGUGUCGAGUCUGCUUUCAGGUUCUAAAUGGCUUCUAAGAAGUUGGGAUCCGACUCUCAUGGGCCUUUCAGUUACCUUGAUGAUGUCCCGUUCAAGAUAGGAGACAAGUUCAAAACCCCAGCAAAGGUUGGAUUACCCAUUGGUUUCUGCCUGCCUGAUUCUUCUCAGCUUGUCAGAGAAGCCCAGUAUGACUUCUCACUGGAAAAGAAGACAAUUGAGUGGGCUGAAGACAUCAAAAAAAUUCAGGCUGCCCAGAGAGAAGCGGAACGCAAGGCUGAAGAAGCUCUAGCAAGCUCAAAAGUGGCUCCAGAGGACAGCACCAAGAUGGGGUUCUCAGAGGGACCUUGCCCUGAAGCCAUGCCUCCUCCUAUUAAUCCCAUCCUCGCUAGCCUGCAGCACAAUAGUAUUCUGACUCCUACCCCAGCCAACAGCAGCUCUGUGAAGCAAAAGGUUCUCAGUCCACCUCGUCCAAAGGCAGAUUUCAACCCAGCUGAUUUUGAAUGUGAAGAAGACCCAUUUGACAAACUGGAAUUAAAAACUAUUGAUGAUAAGGAGGAAUUAAAAAAUAUCCUUGAAAUUCAUGUUGGUACUACUGGGCCAAUUGUUGCCCAGCUGUUAGAUAAUACUUUGCCCAAAGGAGGGUCUGAGUCUGUGUUGCAAGAUGAGGAAGUUCUGGCAUCCAUAGAAAGGGCCACAUUGGACUUCAAACCCCUUCACAAACCCAAUGGCUUUAUCACUUUACCACAGUUGGGAAACUGUGAAAAGAUGUCCUUGUCUUCCAAAGUGUCCCUUUCCCCCAUCACUUCAGUGAGCAAUAUCAAAUCCCUGUCAUUCCCUAAGCUUGACUCCGAUGAGGGUGAUCAGAAAUCAUCAAAGCUCACGAGCACUUUCCACAGCACUACCUGUCUCCGCAACGGCACUUUGCUCAGCUCUUUGCAAACCUGUGCUCAGAGCAAAGCCAGUGAACUGAAUGGACACCAUAUGGUUGGUUUUUCCGCUCUAAAUGAGGACAGUGGCAGGGAGACAUCAGCAUUAUCCUCUUCAUCCAGGCUGUCUUCUCUGGCUGUUUCGACUGUUUGUACAGAAGAAGAAUCAUCUCAAAGUGCAUCGACUACGAAGCUCAGAAGUUUAAUUUUCACAGCUUUGGCAGAGGGAGAAAUGAUGAAUGAAGACAGCAGGUUGAAAUUAUACUCAAGUAGAUUGCAUAGGCAGGUACACCCAGACUACCAAGAAACAGAAGUCCCUGCRGUAACCCACCAAAACUUUGCAGUGUCUAAAGUGCCCAGUAACAGCAGCUGCAUGAAGCAACCAGGCAGCCCUGCAGCCGAGCUGCAGCAGGGCCUCUCCCCCAGUGAGAGGCAGUGUGUGGAGACUGUGGUCAACAUGGGCUACUCACCUGAGAAUGUCCUGAAAGCAAUGAAGAAGAAGGGACAGAACAUAGACCAGGUUUUGGAUUACCUCUUUGCACAUGGACAGCUUUGUGAGAAGGGCUUUGAUCCACUUCUUGUUGAAGCAGCUUUGGAAAUGCACCAGUGUUCAGAGGAGAAGAUCACAGAACUCCUCCAGCUAAUGAGUCAAUUUAAAGAAAUGGGCUUUGAACUAAAAGACAUUAAGGAGGUCUUAUUAUUACAUAACAACGACCAACACAACGCUUUGGAAGAUCUAAUGGCCCGUGCAGGAGCCAGCUGAAGACACAUUCCUGGAUUCUUGGCGUGCAGCGGAGCAGGACCGGCCCCGCCACCUUCACAUCCAGUGUGACUUGCUCUCAGCGGGAAGGAGUCCAGCUUUUUGCAAACAAGGGAGAGUAACUGAGCAAGCCUGCCUGUGUGCAUCACUCCAGCAUUUCUCUUUCCACUGAGGGCCAACUGUCAUUCUUAAAUUAAAAUUUUAAAGUGUCCUUUCCUAAGUUUCCUUUUUCCAGCUUGGCCACGGAGAGUUGAGACUGCCCAGCCUCUACUGGAAUUGUACAUAGGUAGAGAUGGAGUGGUUCCCCCUUCAUUGUUGCACUGGAGUUGGACAGAAGAAUAUUAAGUUGGUUCUGAAACUAGGAUGCUUUGGUUCUUUGAAGCUGCUUUCAUGGUGUCUUGUCUGCUUGUACUGAAUUACUUGACUGUGUCACAGUCCAGAUUACCUGGUUAAAUUUGACCUUUAGUGCAAUGGAGUUUUAUUUUUUGGUUGGAAGUUAGUCUGUAACUUAGUAAAACACUGGUUCAGAAACUGUCACUAUGCAUAAAGAGAGAACUUCGUUUUGUCCUCUUGGUUUUUGUUUUUUACCCAUGCAUCCAAUACUUCUGCCAGACACGAGUGUCCAAUGCUGAGUGGUGUGUAAGUCCCCCUGAAGCAGUUAAGCUGUGAGCUCGACCUGGAGCUGCAACUUGUGUUGGUUUUUAACCUGAAGGCAGAGAGCUGGGGCUCAGUGUUCUUAAUCCCCCAGGCUUUUAGGAUAUUUAAGACAAUGCCCUGCUAGAAAGUCAUCUUUUUGUUUURAAUAAUACACAGUGUGAUGCAGGAGGUUUCUUUCAAGCACUUUCUUUAAAACAAAUAUACUCACUGCAUUAGUUUCAUUUUUCACACUGCUAUAGAAUUACAUAAUAACAUCUAGUACUACAAAUCAGGUUUGGGGUUGUUUUUGAUAGUUCAAAGUAUUACGUUGUACAUUGAUCAAGUUCUAAAUACAUUAAAUAUCAGCAGUCUUGAGAAAUCUCUAAUUUGCUAAAUAUUUUGAUUCUGCAGAACUAAUAAAACCCUCAAAUAUAACUCCCAGUGUCAUGGUUCCCAUCUCUCAUGCUCCUUCGCUACAGCAGACAAGGAAGUUGCUAGAUCCUUGCCCACUCACGUGCUGCCAGCUCCUGUGGGCACAUGUGAACAUUGUUGGGCAGAACAACAGAAGUCUCUGGGCUGCAGCUGCAGUAGUGGAAGGUGCUGUGCUUCUUCUGUGGCUUAUUUUUGUUUGUUGCAAAGCCCCAGCCUAGGGAUUCAGACUUAGGUUAGAGCCCAGAGCCGGAGCACUGGACUUGUGGGGGGAGARCGGCUCAGCUCCUUACAUCAGUGUUUGUUUUUCAGUAGGAGGUUUCAGCUCACCAGGACUCCAAAGAAGAUGGCAUUUGUAUCCAUUUUAGCUUUCUAUGACCAAAACAUCUAAUUUGGGUCCUGGAAUUCUCUGUGUUAAUGAUGUCCCUUUACUUAAAAUGAUGCAAGGGUGGGAUUUGCUGGCAAGUAUCUAGGAGCUGUGGARAGAGACGAGGUUGCAGGGCAGGUUGCCUUGUACAUACCCCCUACUGUUGAACUUCAUCAGUUUCUAGUGGUGGAGUGGAAAUAAGGCUUAUCUAAGGAGAGCAUUCAGCAGCUGCUGUUUCUGUGGGUGCAAGUAAUGCCCAGCUUUUCUUCCUUCUGAGGUGAGAAAUGUGAUGGUUUGAGGUGAGAAAAUGGGCGUCCUGAUUAAUUGGGAAACCUUGAAAAUUCAAACUGCUUUACGAUCGCUACUGAGCAUUUGGUUGUGUUGGUUGUUCUGGUUUUCUCAGAACUGCUACCCCAACAAAUCCCUGUCAGAGAGUCCUGAAGGGGCAAGGAGUCUUUGGGGAAAGAACAAUUUAGACCAAAGCUCCGAAUAAAGUAAUAUCUGAUUGUAUUAGUAUGUGUUAUUUUUUUCGCAGUUCCCCUGUGAGGUCUGGCUCUUAACACCACAGUGUAACCAUUCUGCUUUUGGAGACUGUUGUAGAGGUGAGAACAGAGCAGUGAAGAUGGAAGUGACACCUGUGAAGACGGUGUAUGACAGAGUACUGUGUCUCCCUGCGUCUCCCUGCUCUUGAUCUCUGGACUUAAGUCUGUGAGUGGUUGCAGGCAUGAAGUGCAUUCCUGGGGUGGCAUCUUGGAGAAGACCGCAGCAUGAGUGGAUUAAAGGGGGGCGGGGCCGAGGCAUUGCUGAAUAAAUGUGUAAUAAGAGACACAAUGUGACACGAGUUCACUGUCCCGGGUGCUGUGUAUCCCUUGGUAAUGCUGCUACUGUUCUGUCCCGGUACUGUUCASUGUGGGUGUGGGGAGGUCCUGCUGAUGCUUGGAGCAAGGCUGGCCUCUGCCCUGUUGCUGGCUGGUGAGAGGAUUGGCUGCACCCUUGGUCAUGCUUGUGACCUCAGAGCUUUUCUUUAGGCUCUCAGGUCACAUUGAUUUAUGUCCCUGCUGUACCUUUGUCAGAGGCGCUGAGGUCUGUGUGCCCGGGUGGGAAGGGUGGUGACAGACAGAGCCAAAACUGGUGGUUGUGCUUUGAGCCAGAGCCCCCCUGAGCUGCCUCCUACUGGUUCUGGGUAGCAACAGCUUGGAAAUGGCUUCUGAAACACUCCCAACAGGCCCAUUGAGAAGGGGAUCUCGUAYAGAUUUAAUCUUUUGCAGUCAAUCAAAUGGGGAUUUUGAUUAUGUUUACCUAAAGUGAUUUUUACCAGAGUUCUGUAGCAAAUUGUAUUUUAUUUAACAUGGUGUCAGCUAUUG